GCGAAAUCUGAAGUGUUUCUUCGAAUACGACCCGGCAACAUAGAGCAAUGGCCACUCACCAGCCACAGUCGAGGCACUUUGACAACAAAUACUUGCGAAGUUUCUAUCAAGAGGCAGAAUUCGAUUGGAAACAUAAAGAGGUAAAGGAAAUCGAAAGAAGAAUUACCAGCUUCGUGCAAAAAAUCUCGGAUUACAUCGGUGGCGAAGAUCCGCUGUUUCAGAAUACUGUCAUUCCAAGUGGAAGCUAUUUCGAAGGUCUCAAAGCAGUUGGCCCUGAUGAAUUCGACUUUAUGAUUUGUUUGACGGAAUUGUCAGAACCAGGGGUUUGUGUUAUAAAAGAUAUCGAGAGAAAGGUUCCUGAUCCAGGUUACGUAGAUGUACAAAUUGAACACGAGGAGGUUAGCGAACGGUGGAAGCAAUACAUUUCGAGACGAAAAAAUCUGAAGUCAGAUGCCCUCUUGAAUAGAUUCAAGGAUCUCAUUGAAGAAGCUGUAAAGAAAAAAAAGCAUCAUUUAAGAGGAUAUAUUGAUGAAAAUAUCGAGAUUGAGCUUAGAAAGAUACCUGUCACAAUCAAGUUAACUUGGAAAGGAAAGAAAUACUCUAACUAUGAGAUAUGCUUGGACUUACCUUUAUGCAUUAAAGGUCCCAAUUUCUGGCCAGAAAAAUCAGACAUACCAACCAGACUUAAGGAUAGCAGCCAUCCCGGUUAUAAAGUUUUUAAAAAGGCUGUUAGAGCUGGUUUUCAUCUCGUCGCUUCAACAAUUGGAGAGUCAGGAAAACACAGGCCUUGCUGGCGUUUAUCAUUCUCCGUUGCCGAGGGCAUUGUUUUGAAGAAUAUUUGUCGAAAUCCAAGUUUCAUUCACAAAACGGCACUCAAAGUUCUCAAAGUUUUACGAAAGAAGCACGAAAGCGGUCUGUGUCUUUAUGAAGAUCCAGAUGAUCCAGGCGUCUCAUACAAAAUACAAUGGGUCUUUCAUUCGUAUGUACUGAAGACGAUGUUUCUUCACGAAUGGUGUGAAUUUCCAGAUGAUUUGUUCUGGGGCUCUGAUCAGCUUGGAGAACGUGUUCAGGGUAUUCUUAAAAGGAUUCGAAGCAGUCUAAAAAGCAAAGACAUUCGCAGCUUCUGGGUUCCAGAUUAUAAACUUUUCAAUUUUCGUGCUAGAAAACCGACCCAAACAAACAUCUGCGUGCAAAACUUAACAUCACUUAUACAAAACUUCACGAUCUAAUUUUCAUAACAAGUUUUUUCACUUUUUUUAAAGUAUUUUUUUUGUCGAGAGCAACCAUUUUCUUAUUCUCUUUGGCUUGCACUAAUUGCAUUCACCGAUGUCAUUAUAUGUUCCUUCGAUGUUUUGAUUAUUCUUUGAAAUCACAAGCAUUUGCAUUAUACUUAACUAAUCUCUCACUCUUGCUCAGAAGCGGAACCAUUCAGCGGAAAUUAAAUUGCCUGAUUGACAGGCCAUACAGAGCUCUGUAGAGUGCGAUGCUCGAUUUAUACACAAGAUAUUAAAUGAAGUUCAACUGAA